CCAUCAGACUGAGUGCCCUGCGGGUGGAGCCCGGGACUCAUGCAUUAGCCCAACUGCCCCAGAAUGCAAGAGCCGGCCUGCAGGGGCAGGAGCAGCACCUCCUCCUGCUGAGGGGCUGGCUGCUAGGGAGAGGAGAGGGUUUGGUGAGGGAGCCCCAAACAGCCAUCAGAGCAGUGAACCUCUGGGUACAGGAGGCCCCUGUUACAGGCAUGGCAGCUUCCAUAAACCAGAGCCGGCUCAAGGCCAAGGGCAUGGGCUUGCAUCACAACGCCUGCAGCUUUGGGGGCCAGAACUUCCAGGAGCUGUGGGAGGCCUGCCUGAAGGCGGGGGAGCUGUUUGAGGACCCCCUGUUCCCUGCGGAGCCUUGCUCUCUCGGCUUCAAGGACCUUGGCCCUGACUACCAAUAUGCGCAGGAAAUCUGCUGGCUGCGGCCCAAGGAGAUCGCAAGCAACCCCCAGUUCAUUGUGGAUGGGCUCAGCCCCACGGACAUCCGCCAGGGGAGCGUGGGCGACUGCUGGCUGCUCGCUGCCAUGGGCUCCCUGACCACGUGCCCCAGGCUGCUGUCCCGCGUCGUGCCCGGAGGCCAGAGCUUCGAGAGGAACUAUGCUGGCAUCUUCCAUUUCCAGAUCUGGCAAUUCGGGCGGUGGCUGGAUGUGGUGGUGGAUGACCGUCUGCCCACCAGGGCCGACCGGCUGCUCUUUGUGCACUCGCAGCAGCGCGAAGAGUUCUGGAGCGCCCUGCUGGAGAAGGCCUAUGCCAAGCUGAGUGGAUCCUAUGAGGCACUGGCUAGGGGCAGCACCUCAGAAGGCCUGGAGGACUUCACCGGAGGCAUGGUGCUGACCUUCCAGCUCCAGCACCCCCCACCCACCCUGCCAAGGUUGCUGCGUAGGGCCCUGCAGCACUGCUCUCUCAUGGGCUGCUCCAUUGAGGUCACCAGCGAUGGUGAGCCAGAGUCGGUGAUGCCCAGCUUGCUGGUCAGAGGCCACGCAUACUCGGUGACCGGCCUGGUGGAUGUCCCCUACAGGGGCAGGAUGGAACUGCUGCUGAGGCUGCUGAACCCCUGGGGCCGGAUCGAAUGGAACGGAGCCUGGAGCGACAACUCUGCAGAAUGGGACGAAGUGGACCCCAAGGUCCAGACACAGCUGCUGCGCAAAAAAGAGGAUGGCGAGUUCUGGAUGUCCUACCAAGACUUCCUGUGCCACUUCUCCCUCCUGGAGGUCUGCAACCUCACACCUGACGCCCUGGCCGGGCACCCUGCGAGGCGCUGGCACAUCACUUUCUACGAGGGCAGCUGGCGGAGGGGCAGCACCGCAGGGGGCUGCAGGAACAACCUCGACACAUUCUGGACCAACCCCCAGUUCAGGGUCUCGCUCUUGGUGGGCGAUGACCCUGAGGACGACCUAGAGGACGACACGGUGGUCUGCACCUGCGUGGUGGCUCUGAUGCAAAAGAACUGGAGGCUCGGCCAGCCACAGGGGGCCACGCUGCUGACCAUCGGCUUCGUCCUCUUCCCGGUCCCCAAGGAGGUACAGGAGACCAGGACCCAGGGCUCCCUCCUAGGCCUAGUUCAUCCCAACUGCUUUCAGAGUCUUCAGCAUGGCCAUCUGAGGAAAGACUUCUUCGAGAGGUACCCGGACCUGGGCUUUUCUGAGAUCUUCACCAACGCACGGGAAGUGCACAGUGAGCUGCGGCUGCCCCCUGGCGAGUACAUCAUCGUCCCCUCCACCUUCCAGCCACACCAGGACGCUGACUUCCUGCUGCGGGUCUUCACCGAGAAGCACAGCGAGUCCUGGGAACUGGAUGAAGUCAACUACGCAGAGCAUCUCCAGGAGGAGACGGUCUCCGAGCAGGACCUGGACCAGAACCUCCUCAGUCUAUUUAAUGUGGUGGCUGGUGAGGACAAGGAAAUAAGCGUGCACAGACUGCAAACUCUGCUCAGCAGGUUAGCCGUUAGAUGUGAGUCUCUGCCCGGCCCCGCAGCCCGGCCCCCGACCUUUGGCCCCAUAUUGCGGCACACCCUCUCAUUCCCAGUCUUCUUCCCACCACGCCCCUCCCUCACAGUGAGUAACUUCAAGACCCGGGGCUUUGGCCUGGACACCUGUCGUCGUAUGAUCAGCCUCAUGGACAAAGAUGGCUCAGGCAAGCUGGGGCUUCGGGAGUUCCAGAUCCUGUGGAAAAAGAUCAAGAAAUGGGUGGACAUCUUCCGAGAGUGCGACCAGGACUGUUCGGGUACCCUGAACUCCUACGAGCUGCGCCUGGCUGUGGAGAGAGCAGGCAUUAAGUUGAACAACAAGGUUGCAGAGGUACUGGUCGCUCGGUACGCAGAUGAAAACUUAACCCUGGACCUGGACAGCUUCCUGUGCUGUUUCCUGAGGCUGAAGGCUAUGUUCGCGUUUUUUCUGACCAUGGACCCCAAGAACACUGGCUAUAUUCACCUGAACCUGGAGCAGUGGCUGCAGACAACUAUGUGAGGGGACCCGGCUCCCCCUACCCACAGGGUCCUGGGCCAGCAGGGCCAGGUGCUCUGUGCCACCCCCGUGCGAGGUCCCUGCAGAUGGCAUGGGCCCCACAAGCCAAAGUUACUCCAUGCCUGCCCUCCUGGCUCUAAGCCCCCUCUCCCCGUCCCUGCCAGGCUUCUAGUGCCUGGGUCGGCCCCACUGACUCGAGCUCUGAGUUUGUUUUACUAAAAAUGAAGUGAUAUUUCCCCGGCAUCCCCUGUCCACACACCCACCUGUGGCUGCCCCCCCCUCGCCUGGGGAUGGUAUUGUAAUAAAUGGCACCUGCC